AUCGCGAGCGAAGAGCACAAACAUGGCUGUGGGAUACGUGGUUUUACUUUCUUUAGUGGCUGUAGCUCUUGCUGAUCAGAGCUCACACGCCAGCUUCAGCCUCGGCGGCCACCACACUUCUCACCAUUCCGCCUCUCACCACGCAAGGCCUUCAUACCACCCACAGCCGUCUUACCACCAUCAGCCUGCUUACCACCCACAACCCUCCUACCAUCCUCAGCCUGCAUACCACCCUGCGCCCGCUUACCAUCCACAGCCUUCCUACGAACAUGGACACGAGCCUGCAGUGCCAGCAUGCGCCGCCAACACAACCAAGCCAUGGUGCCUCGAGGACACUGAGUAUCCCACCUACGAAAUCAAACACGCGGCCGAGUACCACUACGAAAAGGUCCUCUCCCUCUAUGCUGACGUAGUUGAUCUUAACACCGAGCUGUCUGUCGAGCGGCCAAACACCCUGGAGGAGGAAACUUACUUGUGCCCAUCUGAGACUGCUUACGUGAGGCCCCUUCGUGCCCAGAACACCGAGGGUAAAUGGCGUGUGAUUGUAAACAAUAUCGAUGCCCAUUAUCAGACUCUUACUCAGACUACACGCAUCGAAGAGUGCCUGACCUCUGGCGACGCAUGCCCUCUGGUGCCUGAUUGCUACGAGUCCAAGUGCCUGCAGAAGUCCAUCUACCACCGCUUCCUCGUCUACGACCCCUAUGAUCAGUACUUCCCCUUCGCCAUCGAGACAUUCAAGCUUCCCGCCAGCUGCGCUUGUCUCCUGGGCGCCUACACCAUCGAUCAUUAACCGCGAAGCCACUAAUCGGAAUGUCAUAUUUAAUAGGGAAAAUGACCUCAUCGGCGUGAGCGACAUCUUAAGCUCCCCAGUGACCUGGCAACAACAGUGCAAGGCAUACCAUACUUGGAAUGCCUUGAAGUACGUGAAGAAAGCAGUUCUCUAGUCAUCUUGCUGUGAUAAUAGCAACUGUAACAAUGCUAACUUAUUGAAAACAUUGUUAAAAUCUGUCCCUAGAAUGAACGUGAAAAUAUAUAUUAUUUCAUAUA